CAUUCAUGCGACUCGUUCUUUGCUCGCUCGCUCGUUCGUUCGCUGCUCUCACCCCUUGAUUUAUCGAAGUUCACUCCGGUUGAGAAACGUCUCUACUCACCGUAGUUUCUCCCUUCGACCCAGCCACGUUACAACGAAUUACGUACGUGCGAGACCACUGUCACAGAAAAUGCGUACCGUGGCCGUAUGGACGGCACUCGUGUUGGCAUACACGAGCGGCCCGUUCGUCGCCGCUAUGUUAUACAUUGACCCGAUCUCGGUGCAACCGGAUAACGGCGGGGACAUCGCAGAGAAGCGCGUCGACCUAAUGGAACCGACAUGCGAGGAAUUGAGGACGAUGUGGAGGUACACCAAAAGACAAAGCCGCGCGGCCAAGACCACCACCGGGUACUCGCUCUAUCCUGACCCGUUCGUGUACAACAUGUGGAAGACUUACUCCGAGCGAUCCAAACCAUCCCGCAACUACCGAGGAAAAGCACGGAAUCGAGCGGGUGGUAGCGCCCCGAUUUACGGGCGAAUGGUGCACAAGGCUCCAGCGGGUAGCAGAUUAAGAAACGGGAUGAGGCACUCACUUCGCCCCUUCGACAAGAUACCGUUUUAUGGGACGAUCAAUUCUUAUCCGCCGUCGUCAAGGCGCCGUCUAAACAACUUCCGGUCGAUGGGCGGUGGUUCGCCACCCAUGGCUCAGGUACCCCAGGCCGGCAGUUUUCAACACUUGAAGGAGUUACUUAAAGCUGAGCGCGCCCGGGAGCUACAGGAGCAAUAUAAAACGGAGGACUACGCGGAGAAGACGCCAUCGCCGUUCACCAACAACAACGAUCCACUUAGCAUGCAACAACACCGAAAGCAAUUUCUUAAGCCGGCAAUGCGAAUCCCGUCGUCGAAAGCUAAUUACGAAUUUGGUCCGGGACGGUACGCGUCAAACGUGCCAAAUACUGGGCAAGCUUGGUCGAGGACUGGGCCACAGCCUCGGGAAUACUUGUUGCAUUAGUAACACCGACGGCACGUCGACGUCUCCCUAACUAGAGGUCUAAUACCACUACUACUACAACGUACAUAUCGCUUUCUAUCGAUACGUUAUAGCAAAGAAAUUCGGCAUUUGCUUCAGCAAUCAACUCCCUGGGCAACCAUCUUCGACUCUUUGAAACCUUGCGUUCAUAGCAACGAGUACGUAUAUGUAUCGUCCCUUCGACGGCAAGGGUUCCGUUUUCGUUCGACGAACAUCCUUCUGGCUUUCUCGCGAACAAAAAUCACUUCUUCCCCUGACCAUCGAAUUAAGAUCAUAACAAACGUUCGACGCGUCUUGUAAAACCGAGGGAAGAUUAUUAAUUAAGAAGAUGCGCAUACGUGACAAUAAUUUGUGCUUCCAUAUUCACUAAUUAUUAGACUGCGGAUUUUUAUGCGAAAUGAACCAUUUUCAUUGUAAAUGUAGAAAAUGAAAUCUAAAUAGGAAUUCCUUACGCAUUUUAAAAAUCAUAAUAUGCAUUUCACUUUUGAUAUUUUACGUGUCUUUGGAUAUUCAGGGAAUCGUUUAUAUUGUUCUCUACAUACCAUUUCUCCAUAAACGCAUAAAUCCGCGAUCUAUUGAUUACACUGCUACUUUGUAGAUAUUGAAUGACGCAACGUUUGGGAAUCAGCGCACGAGUGCAGGCUUAAACAGAUAUUUACAAUGUAAGCAGAGUGCUCCUAAUUCGAUGGAAAUUGGAAAUCCUACACACAAACAUAUAUGCGUUAGCCGUGCAGGAGAGGAAGUCAUUUAGGAGAACGAAAAACGAAUAGGCGAAGAAGCGGCUCGAAACAGAAUGUAUAUUUUCUUAUUAAAUUCGUUUAAAAUUCUUGCACAGAAAUUUAAUUGCGCGGGUACGCUCACCCCGGCCUGUGUAGAAUCUACCAGACGUGUAUGUAUGUAUGUACAGAGCCAAGGAAAUUUGAGGAUUCUUUCGAGAAAUCGUCAGGUUCUGAUGAUCUUAGCCUGUAUCGAUUUAAUACUACUUUCCAACAAAUGUGCGAAAUGGCGACUUCAAACGUAUAUUUGUGUACGCGGAGAAAACACGAGCAAUGUGAUUUAUAUUUUAUUGAUUAGUUCAUACGAAUAAUUUAAUUUAGUAAUAUUUAGAUCUGCUUCAGUUCGAUGUUUUAUAAGCAGAAUGUAUAUUUUUUUUACAAUUCACUUAAGACUCUCGCACUGAAAUUUAAUUAGGAGCUGCAGCUGAAAUAAGUGACACAUAGGUAGAUAACAAAUCUCUUAGGCUGAUAAUCGCUUCCAUGAUGAAAGAAUAAAAAUUGAAUAUCUUUCAAGUAAAUUAUGUACGUAUUACGAAGCAAUUUUUGUUAGAUAUGGAAGGAGCGAGCAACUGGAAAGUGAGAACUGAGAACUAAAGAGCGACUAUACAUACCAGCUUUCCGUUAGCUGCUUGCAUUAACGUAGUAACAUCAUACAUUAAUAAAUAAAUUACAUUAUUAUAAAUAAAUAAAUAAAUAAAUAAAUUCAGUGCGUAAAAUUGACAUAUUGAAA